GCAACGUCAAUAAAUCAUAAAUCAUCAAUCGCAUCUGCGAAACAACGACAAUCGUUCGCAGAAAUUCAGCAAACCUCUUUCGAAUCGUAAACUUACCGAAAAAUCCUUUUAUAAGCCUGCACAUAUCUGUGUCUUCUUACGCCUCGUCAUGGCGCAUACUCCAAAUGGAGUGUCCAACUCGAAUCAAUAUACCACUACGGCUUUGAAUCGUUGGUCUGUUGCGGAUAAACAGUUGCCUUGUAAGAAUUUUGGAAAAUUUGGAGAGAAGAUUGGAUGCAUUGCUAAUUGUUUAUAGCUGUUGACAAAAUUAAGGCUCUUCAUGUUUAUGAUUUUGAUAAUACCCGUAAGUUUCACGAUUUAUCUAUGAGGACAACAGUCUUUCAUGCUCCCGAAACUUCAUCUCUUCACUUACUCCUAAUACAAUUUGCUAACCUUUUUUUCUUCAAAGUUUUCAACAGCCCCCUUCCCAAUCCGAAAUUAUGGAAUGGACCAACUAUAGGAUUUUUACAGACUCAAGAUACAUUUGCGACUGGUGGUUGGUGGCAUGACUCGAGGAUUCUUGCAGCUACAGGUGAAGGUGUAGAAAAAGAAGAACCUCGAGCUUGGGAAGGUUGGUGGAAUGAGCGAAUCGUUGAUCUCAUUGAGUUGAGUAUGCAACAAAAAGAUGCUCUUUCAAUUCUUUUAACUGGUCGUUCCGAGGCAGGAUUUUCAGAGUUGCUGAAAAGAAUGCUUGCUAGUAAAGGUCUCGAUGUGGAUAUGAUUGUCCUAAAACCAGCAGCAGGUCCUAGGAAUGAGAGGUUCAGUAGUACGAUGAACUUCAAACAAUGUUUCUUGGAAACUUUAAUGGAGACAUACAAAGGUGCUGAGGAAAUCAGAAUUUACGAGGACAGAGUCAGACAUGUUAAGGCAUUCAGAGAUUUCUUCACGGAUUAUAACAAACGUCAAAAUGGCUCUAAUGGUAUUCCAUCUCGUUCUGCUAUUGUUGCUGAGGUGGUUCAGGUUGCAGAUGGUGCCACAUUACUUGAUCCUGUUAUGGAAGCUGCAGAGGUACAGCGUUUGAUCAAUGAUCAUAAUGCUGCAAUCGAUGCAGGAAAAUUUGGCGAGAGACUUCAAAUUAAGAAGACUGUUUUCUAUACUGGAUAUUUGAUCAAUAAUACUGACACUCAGAAGCUGCUUACUUUAGCUCAGCUUCCAUUGAACAUGCCAGAUACAGAAGCAAAAUUUCUGGCUAACAAUGUUCUCAUUACUCCUCGCCCCUGUCCAGAAAGUAUUCUGCAAAAGGUUGGAGGAAUGGGUAGUAAGACUACCUGGGAAGUAACAGGUACAGCAGUCUUUGAGAACAAGAUUUGGGCCGCUCGUGUCAGGCCUGUACCAGAGACAAAGAAAUUCUAUACCGAAAAUCCAAUUCCUGUCGUCGUUCUCGCAUUGCGCAAAGGAGCUCGACCAAUUGAUGCAGGUAAGAUUCAAAAUUGGCAACCCGUUCCACCAGAGAAGGCGUUUGUCUUUGAAAGUACUGUUGGAGAGAAAGUCCUUCUUAGGAUAGAGAAGGAAGAUCUCUCUGAGAACGAGUAUGAAAGUUUGUUCCCCAAUAAAUCAUUCAAGCGCAAACAUUCCCCUGAGCCUAGGCAGCCAAGUGGAUCAUACGGUGGACACAAUCAAGUUCCAAUUAAGAAAGGAGGCCAAGAAAAUAAUUAUGGUGGUCGUGGUGGCCGAGGAAAUCACCGUGGAAAUGGCCCACAACGUGGUGGUUAUGGUCGAAAUAAUCGUGGGGGUAAUGGUAAUGGUAAUGGUAACGGUGGUGGAGGUGGAGGUGGAGGUGGGGGUAAGGGAAAAGGAAGAGGAUUCGGUUAUCGAUCUCUAGAUGAUGUGAAUGAACGAAGCUCAAAUAAUACGCCACCAGUAUAUAACCCAGCAGUCGCCUACGAAGAUUUUCCGCCUUUGCAAAAGAACUACCAAACACCGCAGCAAUUGGUACAGGCGCAGUUUCAGCAGUAUCAGGAGCAACUUCAAAAGAGUAAUGGUGGAAAGAGUGGUGGAAGUGGAGAGUUGCAAUAUUUCUAGACGGGAUGAGUUCGGAACUCGUUGCUGUUUUGAGAUAUUGAUAAAUAUUACUUGGUUUCAUGAAGCAUGAAAGCAUGAAAGGCAUGCAUGGAUGGCGUUUUGGAACUCGUUAAAUUCUGAUCUAAUUACAGAAUUUAUUUUUCUGGGAAUUUUGGCGCCACCAAUGAGUGACUUGAAGGGGGAUGGAUGGCGUAAAGACUUGUUAUGUAUAUUGUCAGUCUAUUAUGGAUUUUACAUGGUGAUUGCUAUUCAAGCGAUGGAUAUUAUAUAUGCAUCUCUUCUAGAAGAAGAAGUCGAAGAAGAAAGACGAAAGAAGAAAGUGAUUUCGAUAAUAUGAGUAUGUUAUCCAUGUUAA